AUGAAACAAAAAGAAGCCCAAUCCAGCAAUCCCCAUAGCCGCGAAAACAAACUCAGAACCACCAAUCGCCCAACUCCGCCUGAACCAUCUGCACGUCAUGACAACACAUCAACUCAGAUCCACCUAAAAGCAUCAUUCGCUGAAGUCACCAGUGGUCAAAAACCAGCAGCACCUGAACCUUCUAUAACGGCCACUAAAGUACUGCUUAUAAUACAUAAACUAUUAGCUUCAGCUCAUGAUUUUAAGGACGCCUCCACCAAAGAUACCAUCAUAAACACCAUCAUGUCAAUCAUCACAGAAUUCUCAGCCCAAAAUGAAUAG